AUGGAGCAGUCCGGUGAGAAAUCAAAAAUCGCACCCGAAGUCAUGAACGACCAUCCUGCGGAUUCAGACUCCAAUGCCGACCCCAAGUCUCUGGCUCUUGGGCCUGGCGUGGGGUCGCGUCUCCGACUCCGAGUUACGCUUUUGGCGCUGGCGCUUUUGAUGAUGGCGGUUAUUUUGAAUGUUUCGUCUAUUUCGUCCGCUUUGCCUACGAUUUCUCGUGAUCUGGGGAUUAAUGCUAUUGAGGCGUUUUGGGUGGGGACUUCGUCGCUCAUCUGUUCUGCUAAUGAGGCAGCCUUUCAGCCGGUAUAUGGCUCGCUGUCUAGUAUCCUCGGCCGUAAGCCGGUGAUGAUGAUGGCUAUUGCUUUUUUCACGGCAGGCACGAUCAUAUCGAGUCAGGCUUCGAAUGCCAUCAUCCUCCUUCUCGGCCGUUCCAUCCAGGGUCUCGGCGCUGGCGGAAUUCACAGUCUUUCAGAAGUUAUAUUGACCGACGUGGUCCCGCUCAGGCUUCGAGGUCGAUAUCUAGCCUACCUCAACUCGACGUGGGCCUUCGGCUCGAUAACCGGUCCAGUCAUCGGCGCAGCAUUCGCGCAAAAGGUGACUUGGCGAUGGCUGUUCUACAUCAACAUCCCGCUCGUCGUUUCGGGGUUUAUCUUGAUGAUGAUGUUCACCAAACUCCAGCCUCUGCCGGACUCUAUGCGCAAAAAGCUGCACAAUAUCGACGGUGGCGGAAUCAUUCUCUUCACUGGGGGCAUCACCGCUGUUCUAAUUCCAGUAACCUGGGGCGGCGUGAUGUACGACUGGGACUCGUGGCAAACGCUGACACCGUUUUUGAUCGGAGGCGCCUGUCUGGUCUUUUUCGUCGCGUACGAGGCAUACAUCGCUGCCAACCCCAUGAUCCCACUCGCCCUCUUUCGCACACGCACUCUCGUCGUCAGCUAUGUUGGUACAACCACCAUGGGGUUGAUCCUCUCAUGUGGACUGUACUAUCUGCCGUUUUAUUUCCAAGCUGUCAAGGGCUAUAGCCCGAUUCUUUCUGGAGUGGCUUUGUUCCCGGUGACUUUUACCCUGGUGCCAGGCGCCAUGGCGACUGGAGUCCUCAUCAGCCGAACAGGUUUGUACCGAGGUAUGGUCUGGGCCGGCUGGUUGAUCUCGACGAUCGGUCUGGGAUUCAACUGCUUCGUGCGUGUAGACUCUCCCGACGUGCUUUGGAUUAUGUGUCUGGUAGUCAGAGGCCUGGGGAUGGGAAUGUUACUCUCAUCUCUCAAUCUCACUGUUCUGGCUGCCGCUGCGCCGCAACGUGAGGAGGCCGCCGGCGCUGCUACCAUGUACACGUUCUUCAGCGCACUCGGCCAGACUCUCGGUGUGGCACUUGGUGGUACAAUAUUCGCCAACCGCAUCCGUGCAAGUCUGCAGGCCCAGCCAUCCCUGGAAGCUCUCCUCAGUAAUGUCACCAGUGGUCACCAUGCCGACUCGGUGGCUCUUAUCCAGAUGGUGGGUGAUAUUUCGGAUCCGGCGACGCGACAUCAGGUUCAAAAGGUUUAUGUCGAUAGUCUUCGCGUGGUGUGGGCGUUUUGUUGUGCGCUGAGUGGUGUGGCGGGUCUGUUGAGUCUUGCGACGCGACAUUAUGAUAUGUCCCAGCAAGUUGUUACACAGCAGGCUUUGCGGGGACGAACAAUGACUAGGUCGAGGUCGAGGUCGAGGACAAUUGAGUCCGGGGAUAUUAUGGUGGAUCUGCAUCGUCGUGAUCUGUCCAAGGCGAGCGGCUCUUUUCGUUCAGCUGGUGAUCCAGACGGCCCAGUGCAUGUGUGGUGA